CGAAGAGUGUCAUACGGCAGAUGCGGAAGUAUUUGCCGAAUCGCGAAAAGCAUGGUUCAAAGUCUAAAAUAAAUUUUGUGUGUUUGCAUCUUGGUCUGAAACAAUCAAAAUGGCAACAUUAAAAGUAAUGAAAGCCAUACGAGUCUCCGAGUUUGGAGCUCCUUCUGUUCUGAAGUUCUGCUCCGACUUACCGGUCCCUGCUCCAGGACCCAAACAGGUGCUCAUUCGGGUGCACGCGUGUGGCGUGAACCCAGUGGAGACGUACAUCCGUUCCGGUGCCUACGCCCGUAAACCCAGCCUCCCCUACACUCCUGGAUCUGAUGUAGGUGGUGUGGUGGAGGCUGUAGGAGAUGGAGUUCGCUUUCUUAAGGCAGGUGACCGCGUGUUUACCGUCAGCACCGAGACAGGAGGAUACGCCGAAUACGCCGUGGCUUCAGAGGAGUCUGUUCACAAACUGCCCGAGUCGUUGAGUUACAAGCAGGGAGCUGCUGUGGGAGUCCCGUACUUCACCGCGUUCAGGGCUUUGUUUCACAAGGCACAUGCUAAAGCAGGAGAGACCGUCCUGGUCCAUGGAGCGAGUGGAGGGGUCGGAGUCGCAGCGUGUCAGCUGGCCCGAGCAUUCGGGCUGAAGGUUCUGGGUACGGCUGGCACCCCAGAGGGCAUGAAGCUGGCGCUCAGUAACGGAGCCCACAUGGCCUUUAACCACAGAGAACAGGACUACAUGGAGAAAGUCCAGGAAGUGACCGAAGGCCGCGGCGUCGACGUGAUCGUGGAGAUGCUGUCGAACGUGAACCUGAGCAGCGACCUGAAGCUGCUGGCGCACGACGGCAGAGUGACGGUUGUAGGAUGCAGAGGUUCCAUCGAGAUUAACCCCAGAGACAUGAUGUUGAAGGAGUCGGUUAUCGUCGGUGUGUCUUUGUUCUCUGCCACAAAGAAGGAGGUGGCGGAAGCAUCCGCGGCGCUGUUCGCAGGAAUGGAGGCCGGGUGGCUCAGACCCGUGAUCGGUCCGGAGUACUCACUCGACAAAGUUGCUCAAGCCCAUGAGGACAUCAUUCACAGCCCUGGGGCUUCUGGGAAAAUGAUCCUGAUUAUAUGAAACAUAAUAAUAAAACCCUGUCGCUUGUCUGUGUUUUUGUUUUUCGGUCAAGCGGAUUCGCUAUUUGGUUAAUUAUAGCUAGCUGAGGUCAUUAAUUGCGGCUAAUAGGGAGCGUAUGUUCCUGUAACUCACUAGCCAGCGUUACACCAUAUUUAAGCUUCAUUGAUGUUUUUAUGAAUUUGAGAAAUCAUUUUAGCAUAUAAUUUUUAAAAAAGUUAAUUUUUUCUAGAAUGAAGAAAUGUUCAUUUAUCCUCAUAAAAUGAUUAUAUGAUUGAUUUAAUAUAAUAUUUUAUUAUAUUACAUUUAUUUAAUAGAUUUAAUAGUCUAAAUGAAAAGUACUUAUCUGCAAUUUAAGCUAACGAAGCAUUUCAGAAGUGCAUAUGUUCUUCUAAAAAUGUUGAAGAACAUUAAAAAUAAAAGUAAAAAAAACUUUUAUUUCAUUUCAUUUACAUUUGCUUUUACAAAAAUUCUAACUAUCCAUAAAUAUGUUUCAAAAUGUUUUUUGUUGAUAAAAACUCCUAAAUAAUUUCUACACAAUGUUGUCAAAAAUACAACCAUACAGUAAAUUCACUUAUAUGUUCAGAAGAAUCAUCCUUCCACAAACGUGUGUUAUAAAUUCUGCACUAGAAAUAAAAUGAGUUGUCACUGCUCUUUAUUAUCAAUAAAGAGUUGACUGUA